AUGACCAUCCAAAGGUACCAGCGAAUAGAAAUGGAAUUCGUGAUGAUUGUGGUUUUUGGGCUAGAGUACAUUAUUCGGAUCUGGGCUGCUGGAUGCUGCUGUCGCUAUCGAGGGUGCCAAGGAAGGCUUCGAUUUGCUAGGAAGCCCUUCUGUGUCAUAGAUUUGAUUGUUUUUAUUGCCUCAUUAGCCGUCAUAGCUGCAGGAACCCAGGGGAAUAUCUUUGCAACAUCAGCGCUACGUAGUAUGAGAUUCUUGCAGAUUCUGAGGAUGGUAAGAAUGGACCGAAGGGGAGGAACCUGGAAAUUGCUUGGAUCAGUCGUAUAUGCUCACAGUAAGGAACUAAUCACUGCCUGGUACAUUGGAUUUUUGGUUCUUAUCUUUGCAUCAUUUCUUGUUUACCUGGCUGAGAAGGAUGAAAACAAUGAAUUUGCGACAUAUGCAGACUCACUCUGGUGGGGUACGAUCACACUGACAACAAUUGGCUAUGGAGACAAAACACCACAGACCUGGCUUGGUAGAAUGCUGGCUGCAGCAUUUGCUCUGCUUGGAAUCUCUUUCUUUGCCCUUCCUGCUGGCAUUUUGGGCUCAGGGUUUGCUCUGAAGGUUCAGGAACAACAUCGGCAAAAACACUUUGAAAAGAGACGCACUCCUGCUGCAAACCUUAUCCAGGCUGCCUGGCGCUUGUAUUCUACAGAUGCAGAUCGGCCAUACUUGACAGCAACGUGGUGCUACUAUGACAGUGUUCUACCAUCUCUCAGAGAAUUGGUCCUUUUAUUUGAAUCACUCCACCGCACUCGUAAUGGAGGAUUUAGACACUGUGAAGUGAAAAAAAUGCAAGAAGAACCCCCUCGCUAUCCUGGUUAUACCAUCAACCAGAAACCAAACACAUCCCCUUAUAUUUCAGGGGAAAGUGGGAAAGUAGGACUGAAAGACCGCAUACGGAUAAAUCAGAACAGAGGGCAAGGAGUCAAAAAUAAGCAACAGCUGGCACCUCCCGACCAUCACUCACUCAGUGCUGAGAAUGCAAAUGAGUGUCUCAGCCCUAAUAAAGUGCAAAAGAGUUGGAGCUUUAAUGACAGGACUCGAUUCCGAGCAUCGCUGAGACUCAAGACUAGACCACCAGUGGAUGAAGGCCCUGGGGAUGAGAGCAAUGAUGAAAAGACGUGCCAUUGUGACCUUACAGUAGAAGACAUCAUGCCUGCCAUCAAAACUCUAAUUCGAUCUGUAAGGAUUCUUAAAUUCUUGGUGGCAAAACGGAAGUUUAAAGAAACUUUGAGACCUUAUGAUGUCAAAGAUGUCAUUGAACAGUACUCUGCUGGCCAUCUUGAUAUGCUGGGGAGAAUUAAAAGCUUGCAGACACGGGUUGACCAGAUAAUUGGUAGAGGACCAGUUCCAUCUGAAAAGAAACCUAGAGAGAAAGGAGAAAAAAUACCUGACCUUGAACCUAUUGAUGAGCUAAGCAUGCUUGGUAGGGUAGCUAAAGUAGAAAAACAAGUGCAGUCCAUAGAUCAAAAGAUGGAUUUAUUGUUGGAAUUCUAUACUCAGUGCUUAAGGAAAGGGUCUCUUACAUUUGAUAGUUUGCGAUUCAACCUUGUAGACCAUGAUUUAACAUCAGAUUACCACAGCCCGGUAGAUCAUGUUGAUAUCUCUACAUCUGCUCAGACAUUAACUAUCUCCAGAUCAGCUAGUACAAACAUGGACUAGUGUGUCUGGCUGGAAAGCAAUGACUGUAAUAUACAAUUAUGUAGAUGUCUUUUCAGGACAUAUUCAGUAGAGGUCUACAGACUGA